CAUGAUGGUGAACAGCUCUGGAAGGGCCUCAGGCCAGAAAGCCCACCUUCUUCUGCCCACCCUGAAGGAGAAUGACACCCACUGCAUUGACUUCCAUUACUACUUCUCCAGCCGAGAUCGCUCCAGCCCAGGAUCCUUGAAUGUCUACGUGAAAGUGAACGGUGGUCCCCAAGGGAACCCUGUCUGGAACGUGUCUGGGGUUGUCACCGAGGGCUGGGUGAAGGCAGAGCUUGCUAUCAGCACCUUCUGGCCUCAUUUCUACCAGGUGAUAUUUGAAUCCGUCUCUUUGAAGGGUCAUCCUGGUUACAUCGCUGUGGACGAGGUCCGGGUCCUUGCUCAUCCAUGCAGAAAAGCACCUCAUUUCCUGCGACUCCAAAAUGUUGAGGUGAACGUCGGGCAGAAUGCCACAUUUCAGUGCAUUGCUGGUGGGAAGUGGUCCCAGCACGACAAACUUUGGCUUCAGCAAUGGAAUGGCAGAGACACGGCCCUCAUGGUCACUCGUGUGGUCAACCACAGGCGCUUCUCAGCCACAGUCAGUGUGGCAGACACCUCUCAGCGAAGUGUCUCCAAGUAUCGAUGUGUAAUCCGCUCAGAUGGUGGGUCUGGUGUGUCCAACUAUGCAGAGCUGAUCGUGAAAGAGCCUCCCACGCCCAUUGCUCCUCCGGAACUGCUGGCUGUGGGGGCCACCUACCUGUGGAUUAAGCCAAAUGCCAACUCAAUCAUUGGAGAUGGCCCCAUCAUUCUGAAGGAAGUAGAAUACCGAACUACCACAGGCACCUGGGCCGAGACCCACAUCGUGGACUCUCCCAACUACAAGCUCUGGCAUCUGGACCCUGAUGUGGAGUAUGAGAUCCGGGUGCUGCUCACACGACCAGGCGAGGGAGGCACAGGACCACCAGGGCCUCCCCUUACCACCAGGACCAAGUGUGCUGAUCCUGUGCAUGGCCCUCAGAAUGUGGAGAUUGUGGACAUUCGGGCCAGGCAGCUGACCCUGCAGUGGGAGCCCUUUGGCUAUGCAGUGACCCGCUGCCACAGCUACAACCUCACGGUGCAGUACCAGUACGUGUUCAACCAGCAGCAGUACGAGGCUGAGGAGGUGAUCCAGACCUCUUCCCACUAUACCCUGCGGGGCCUACGGCCCUUCAUGACCAUCAGACUGCGGCUGCUGCUGUCCAACCCUGAGGGCCGGAUGGAGAGUGAGGAGUUGGUGGUACAGACCGAGGAGGAUGUUCCAGGAGCUGUUCCUCUUGAGUCCAUCCAAGGCGGGCCCUUUGAGGAGAAGAUCUACAUCCAGUGGAAACCUCCCAAUGAGACCAAUGGGGUCAUCACACUCUAUGAGAUUAACUACAAGGCUGUUGGCUCACUGGAUCCAAGUGCUGACCUGUCCAGCCAAAGGGGGAAAGUGUUCAAACUCCGGAAUGAAACCCACCACCUCUUUGUGGGUCUGUACCCAGGGACCACCUACUCCUUCACCAUCAAGGCCAGCACAGCCAAGGGCUUCGGACCCCCUGUCACAACUAGGAUUGCCACCAAGAUCUCAGCUCCAUCGAUGCCUGAAUAUGAUGCAGAUACACCACUCAAUGAAACAGACACGACCAUCACGGUGAUGCUGAAACCUGCCCAGUCUCGAGGAGCCCCUGUCAGUGUUUACCAGCUAGUUGUUAAAGAGGAGCGUCUUCAGAAGUCCCGGAGAGCAGCUGACAUCAUCGAGUGUUUCUCUGUACCUGUGAGCUACCGGAAUGCCUCCAACCUUGAUUCUCUCCACUACUUUGCUGCCGAGCUGAAGCCCGCCAACCUGCCUGUCACUCAGCCAUUUACAGUGGGAGACAACAAGACUUACAAUGGCUACUGGAACCCUCCCCUCUCCCCAUUGAAGAGCUACAGCAUCUACUUCCAGGCACUCAGCAAAGCAAAUGGAGAAACAAAAAUCAACUGUGUGCGUCUGGCUACGAAAGGUGCUUCCAGCCAGAAUUCUAACACUGUGGAACCAGAGAAACAGGUGGACAGCACAGUGAAGAUGGCAGGUGUGAUCGCUGGCCUCCUCAUGUUCAUCAUCAUCCUCCUAGGUGUGAUGCUCACCAUCAAAAGGAGGAAGCUGGCUAAGAAGCAGAAGGAGACACAGAGCGGAGCCCAGAGGGAGAUGGGCCCAGUGGCCUCAACUGACAAGCCUGCCACCAAGCUCAGCACCACCCGCAAUGAUGAAGGCUUCUCCUCCAGUUCUCAGGAUGUUAAUGGAUUCAAUGGCAGCCGUGGAGAGCUGUCCCAGCCCACCCUCACCAUACAGACUCACCCCUACCGGACCUGUGACCCUGUAGAGAUGAGCUACCCCCGGGACCAGUUCCAGCCUGCCAUCCGGGUGGCAGACCUGCUCCAGCACAUCACCCAGAUGAAGCGAGGCCAGGGCUACGGGUUCAAGGAGGAAUACGAGGCCUUGCCAGAGGGACAGACAGCUUCGUGGGACACAGCCAAGGAAGACGAAAACCGCAAUAAGAAUCGAUAUGGGAACAUCAUAUCCUAUGACCACUCCCGGGUGAGGCUGUUGGUGCUGGAUGGAGACCCCCACUCUGACUACAUCAAUGCCAACUACAUCGAUGGGUACCACCGACCCCGGCACUACAUUGCAACCCAAGGUCCGAUGCAAGAGACUGUGAAGGACUUUUGGAGAAUGAUCUGGCAGGAAAACUCUGCUAGCAUCGUCAUGGUCACAAACCUUGUGGAAGUGGGCAGGGUAAAGUGUGUGCGGUACUGGCCAGAUGACACAGAGGUCUAUGGAGAUAUUAAAGUCACCCUAAUUGAAACAGAGCCCCUAGCAGAAUAUGUCAUCCGCACCUUCACAGUCCAGAAGAAAGGCUACCACGAGAUCAGAGAGCUCCGCCUCUUCCACUUUACCAGCUGGCCUGACCACGGUGUUCCCUGCUAUGCCACUGGCCUUCUGGGCUUCGUUCGCCAGGUCAAGUUCCUCAAUCCCCCUGAAGCCGGGCCCAUAGUGGUCCACUGCAGUGCUGGAGCCGGGAGGACUGGCUGCUUCAUUGCCAUUGACACCAUGCUCGACAUGGCUGAGAAUGAAGGGGUGGUGGACAUCUUCAACUGUGUGCGUGAGCUGCGGGCACAGAGGGUCAACCUGGUGCAGACUGAGGAGCAGUAUGUGUUUGUACACGAUGCCAUUCUGGAAGCAUGCCUUUGCGGCAACACCGCCAUUCCUGUGUGUGAGUUCCGCUCUCUCUACUACAACAUCAGCAGACUGGACCCCCAGACUAACUCCAGCCAGAUCAAAGAUGAGUUUCAGACACUCAACAUCGUGACACCUCGAGUGCGGCCUGAGGACUGCAGCAUCGGCCUCUUACCCCGGAACCAUGAUAAGAACCGGAGCAUGGAUGUCCUGCCUCUGGACCGCUGCCUGCCCUUCCUUAUCUCAGUAGAUGGAGAGUCCAGCAAUUAUAUCAACGCAGCACUGAUGGAUAGCCACAAGCAGCCUGCCGCCUUUGUGGUCACCCAGCACCCUCUUCCCAACACUGUGGCAGACUUCUGGAGGCUGGUGUUCGAUUACAAUUGUUCCUCUGUGGUGAUGCUGAAUGAGAUGGAUACUGCUCAGCUCUGUAUGCAGUACUGGCCUGAGAAGACCUCCGGGUGUUAUGGGCCCAUCCAGGUGGAGUUUGUCUCUGCCGACAUUGAUGAGGACAUCAUCCACAGAAUCUUCCGUAUCUGUAACAUGGCUCGGCCACAGGAUGGUUAUCGUAUUGUCCAGCACCUCCAGUACAUUGGCUGGCCUGCAUACCGGGACACACCCCCUUCCAAACGCUCUCUGCUCAAAGUGGUCCGAAGGCUGGAGAAGUGGCAAGAGCAGUAUGACGGGAGAGAGGGGCGCACCGUGGUCCACUGCCUAAAUGGAGGAGGCCGCAGUGGAACCUUCUGUGCUAUCUGCAGUGUGUGUGAGAUGAUCCAGCAACAGAACAUCAUUGACGUGUUCCACAUUGUGAAAACACUACGCAACAACAAGUCCAACAUGGUGGAGACACUGGAACAGUAUAAAUUUGUAUAUGAGGUGGCACUGGAAUAUUUAAGCUCCUUUUAGCCCAAUUGGAUGGGGGACCUGCCAGAGUCCUGAAGCUGUCGUAGCUGACCUCUUUUUCUGUGACUGACAAAGACUGGUCUCAGGAGCUCGGAGGUGGCACACCUGCCCAACUCCAAGAAGAAGGCUGGUGGCCUCAAUCUCUGCAGUAGGCUCUGCAGCUUCUGGAGGGUCUUCUGUAGCUAUGGGAUGGAGAUGCUGUUCUGAUGGGGCCCAAGCUUCCCCUCUACACCUGACAACAUCUGGCCCACAGAAGUUUACCCCCAAGCAAGGCCCUAGACUUCCAAUCCCCAGACCUCUUGCUUUUGUUCUUUCUAAGUUUGUUAACCUCAUGGCAAGCUGACUGUGCAGGUGCUGGGGUGUGGGGAGCUAGCCAGACUUUCUCUUGCUGUCCUUAUCAGUACUUAGGGUAGAAGUUCUUCUCCAUGAUUUCUUGCAAAAGAUUGUAGUUUGGGGGAAUCACUGGGUUAUUGGUUUCUACAAUCUCCUAUAGAGGCCUCUGGCAUGAGACACCUGCCAGUCUGGAUCAGUGUGACUUCUGGAUAGCCUCCUAGACCACAGCAGGAGUCUCUUCAUCUCACACCUAACCUGUACUGGGCUCAACUCAUGAUGACCAUCUCCAGCCAGGACUUGACCCUCUUUAUUCUCCUGGCCAACCAGCUUUCUCCACAUCACACUUUGGCAAAGGUUUCCUUUGCUUUUCCAUAGUCUGUAUGGGAGGAGGAGUCAUAGGAAAUGUUGAGGUACCUUUUUUCUUUGUAGAAAGGGCCACUGUCCUGGGCAAGACUCUGGCUAGCUUGUAUAGUAUAACCCUGUGCUUCCUAGGUGGCACUUUCUAUAGGAAAGACAAACAAGAAAAGCUUUGAUUGUCUCCCAAGUACCUAUGAAAAGAAACUCUUAUGAGAAUAUAAAAUCCCAUAUUCUCUUAUGUCAAAAAAGAAAAGGGUAGGUUGGCAGUUUGAAUGUGUGGCUGUAAGAUAAGUUUCUUGAGCUUAUUUUAUUUCCUGGCUAUACCCUUGAAAAGUCCCAUUGAUGACAAAGCCAUUGAACAAGUGAGGUGGUAUCCUUGGGAUUGGUCCCUGGUUGGGAGGAAAAUACAGCAACUGCUUUAUAAUUUGUGUCUCCAAAUCUGAACUCUUUCCUAAAGAAAUCCAGCUGCCAUUUUAAAAAUGGCUACUGUGGCCCCAAGUUGGUUUAUAAUAUAUUAGUUUAGGCUCAGGGCUCUGAGUCUUGCCCAAGGUGUGAAUAAAUCAAGAAAAGGGAGACAUUUGGGAAGCACUUCCUGCAAGCAAAGUGCCGUGCUUAUCACCUCCCAUAUGACAUCUCCUGUAGUCCACAGCACCCCUAGGAAGGGUUUGCAUCAUCUCCAUUUUGUAAUUGAAGAAAUCUGAGCACCUUCUUCAGUGAUGGAAUUCUGGAUUCAAAAAGGCAGGUAAUGGCAAUGAAACCUCCCUGUCAUUUUCUUCAUGCUUUCUCAGCCACGCAAUUAUUUUAUGGAAGAAAAAUAAGGCUAGAAACUUCUGAGCAGAGAGAGAACUCCAUGGGUAGAAAAUUUAAUUCCUUCUUUCCGAUACUAGUUCUCCUUGGUAGCCCAAACUUUCAGAAAUAUCUUAUUAACUCAUUCCCAGGUCCCCAGGAAAUCUAGUCUUAUCUAAUUUCUUCAUUGCUAAAAAACAAUUCUCAUGUUCCCUCGGGCUACAAGGGAGCGAGCCUGGGAAUCUCUCUAGCCCAGACUGAGCCACAAUAUUUGACAGCCUUAAUAGCCAGGGGUCUAGGAAGGUCUAUCUUGCAGACUGAUCUAGCCACAAAGUAUGAGGGACACAGAAUCCAAUAAGGUACAUGUCUCGCCCUUCAGGCCCACUGUAUACUAGGGAAGCUGAGCCACGUUGUAAUAGUGGGGCAUACAAGCAUUCAGUGAGCCUAGACAUGAGAGUAACUCACUCUGCCUCCAGCUUCCUAGGCAACAUCCAUUCCAGCUGGGUCUCAGCAGAUAGAAAAGAAAAAGGAAAUUCGAGCCAAGGGGCUUAACGUGCACAAUGGUAAAGAGAAGUAAGAAGGUAUCAGGAGGGACAGAUGGUGGAGGUCAGCCCAGCUAGAAUGGAGCAGGACAGGGAUAAUAGCAGGAAGGUAGCCAGAGCCAGGAAGGAAAUAGAAAGGGCAUGGUCAUUGCCCUGCAGGCAACAAGAAGCUGGCAAAGCUCAAAGUGGUGCACUCAGCUUAGUAUUGGAGAAGGCUCCUUCUGGACCAGUAGUAAGCCUCUUUUCCUUUCAUCAGACACUGUGAAAACAUCUCCCUCAGUGUGUGCUUUUAAUACGUUACGUGUGUGUGUGUGUGUGUGUGUGUGUGUGUGUGUGUGUGUGUGUGUGCGUGUGCGCGCGUGCGCGCAUGUUCAUUAUUUUGUUGCUGAAACAAAUAUGGAGUGGAUCAUCAGCUCUUGUGUAAAACCCUGGGUCUCCACUCUACUGUGGAGCAGGGUCAACAACCCUGGCCUCUAAGCCUAUGAGGACAGGACAUGAAAGGAAAGCAGGAAGCCAGCUUCCAUUGGCAUGAGCCCAGGAGCUGUCUAGAAGUCCAAGAACACCAGACUUGAUCAAGGAAGGCUGUCACUUUGGAGGUUCAAAAGAAAACAUCUCAAAGCAAAAGCAAGCAAAGGAAUCCCAUGAUUUAUUCUUCUCCUUUGAUGGGCCUCUUACCAGGUAGAUUGGAGUAUAUCCCCAGGCCCCAGGCCCCAGCCCCAACUGGUCCUUGUGGCUUCCUAUGGCUCUUGUCUCCUAUCCCAAAUGGACUUCCCUACAAACUACAUGAGUCUGUAGCAUAGCCAAUCAGCAUGUUGCAUGCUAUGUCCUCAGGUCUUGGCCAGUUCCUACAGGGAGAGGAUGGGAAAGGGACUAUUUAGUAGAAAUCCUAGGAUUCAUUCUGCUGAGGAAGGGGUGAAAGAAAUGACAGGUAAAGAUGACAGUAGUCUCUAUCAUUUCAAAGGAUGGGGAUUUGAAAAGUAACUUCAGGGCAAAGAAAUGUGAGAAAAUUCAAGACCUGCUGAGGGAACUCACCAAGGGUUGACCCAUCCCUUAUUUUCUCACAAUCCAACCACCCUCAAAAAAGUGGUCUUAGGGCAGUGCACACAAAAAGAAACUGAGGCACAUGGAUAGAAAUGGCAUUCUUCAGAUCCAUGUAGAAGACAUGCAGAAGGGCUUAGAUGAAAUGGAAAAUGGUACUAAGGAAUUGGUAAGGUGUUUUCCCCAGCAAAUCUCCCAAGAAAAUCCAACUUUCCAGAGUCUCCUCACCCAACUCUAUUUAUAGGAUGGGCUCAUCUUUACCUGAGCAAAAAGAAAAAAAAAAAAAAAGGUGCCCAAUUCUCACUUAGCUAAGAUCUUCCUAAUGUUCUCUAUUGGAAUCUAAAUGGAGAAGGUGUGAAGUAUAAAUGAGAUACUGUGAGCUGUCCCCAUUUGGGUGUGUUUAUGACCUGCAUGGAUUCAGGUUGGAUCACAGCUGCAUCUCAACGUUAUGUUCUUUUACCCCUACUGAUAUGAUUAACGUGGAUGAGGUAGGAGCCUGUCAACCUCUAGACAGCCACAGCAGACCCCCUUUCAUAGGAAUGGAAGAGGCCACUUGCAUCAGGUGUUGACCCUUACUGAGGCCUGAACAAUCAAUGACCAGCCAGAUGGCACCUAUUCUAUGGCACAUGGAUAGACUCUACCUUGGACUCUAAAACAUGAGCGCACACUUCAAACAUUCCUGAAGUGUCUGUAACUAUGGUCAUCACCACUGUACUGGUGAGGAAACAAAUCUAGAGGGAGAACUCACCUGCCCAUAUAAGCAAACUCGAUGUGGUUUUCUGAACACAGAGACAAUAUUCUUCCACCAUGGUAUCUUAGAUUUUCCCACAUGAUUACUCUUAUCAGCAGAGAUAAUAGUGAAACUAAUGACUUAGUAGAUAUUGGUAAAGCCCAGUGUAUACAAUGGUCAGCUUCAAAUUCCUUUAGAGCCUCAUGUUUUACAUUCAUGAUACAUUUGAAUUCCAUUUCCUAAUUUAUUUUUAGUAGUUUAAAUCUGACUACAUAAAUAUUUUUUAACUCUGUCUCAUGUAUCUCUCUAAUGAACCAUAGGGAAUGAUAUCUCUGUCCAAGACGUAGUACCUGGCCACGCUCCUUCCUCCCAGGGUCAAUUCUAAAUUCGAAUUCACACCAAUUUUUACUCCCCUGGGCACAUUCGUUGCUGUGUAGGUGUACUGACUGCACUGCUCCUGAGAUUCAGCUAAGGUCUCUUCUUACAGAGGGUUCUGAAAGGUACCCCCUGACAGACUAGAAUAAUGAGGACUCAUCUGCGUGGCAUGGUGACAGUUGAGCCCACAAAACCCUAAAGACAAAAGAAAAGCCAGAUUCAGCCUUACUCAGAACAUCCUUGAAUGCUGAGCAGUGCCUAUUAUCUUAGUAGAUUCCUAUGGCUUCUGAUUUUGGCAAAUCUUAGGACACAUAUCAUAUGAACAUAUGGAAUCUUAAACACACUUUACUUAGCUCUGUGUAAUCCUUGGGUCCCUGUAGCAUUCAACACUCCAGACAGGUACCACUAGGAAGUACAGAUCACUAUUAAUGGUAAGUAGGAUAGGAGCUUGCUAUUUGGUUUGAACUCCAACUUUACCAUUUUGGGACCAUAAAAAUCAGGCUUAACAAUACAUGGAAAAAGGAAUGCAUGCAAAAGUCCUUGGCCAGGUUAAAAGGGGUUAAUCUCGAAAGCUAGGACAGGAAAUCAGGAAGGCAAAUUGAAACUCAAUGUCUACUCAGAAGAAGGAUGCUUAUGAGAUGUUGAGCUGAGUGAUAACUUAAAUGACAUGGGCAUAGAUAAAGAAAGCUACCCUCCAUUAGUCUGUAGAGGGCCAUACCUGCUAACCAAACAGGGCAUCCGCACCAAGCUAAAACAAGUUCCAUACUGCAGAAGAUACGGCUAGAUACCAGGCUAAACAUGAACAGAAGGCUGAUCCUAAGAUAUAAGGUCAACAGAUUAUACAGAGCCAAGAUCCCCUAAGAAUGAGUCACCAACACAAACUAAUAGACAAGCCAAAAGAUAAAACAGAGAUAGCAAUGUCAUCUCAAAGCCCCGACUUGCCUUUCCAAUUGACCAGUCAAUGUGAGGCCCUCCUUAGCCUCUAACCAGCUCCAACUCAUAGCCAAAUAUAGGAGAAAAAUGGGGACAGUAAAUUCAAACAUAAACCAACUGAAAUUUGACCUUGUUUGUAUGGGUUCCCUGUGUGAGGUUGUCCCUAGAUACAUAUCAAAAUAUCAAAAAUUAUAAAAUUCAGAGCCUUCCCGCUACCUAACAUGGGGUCACCUUUGAAAUCUUAUCCUUUCUGAAUGAGAGAGAGAGAAAGAGAUAGAGUGUGUGUGUGUGUUGGUGGACAGUAGGGAAGAGAGAGAAUAGUUGUAACACUUGAGUUUUCUCUGACACUUAUUUCUGGGUCAUGGAGCUGAUCCUCAGAAAACAGCACAAAUAUUUCUGUCAUAUCUGUGUAUGAGAAUAGGCUCUUUCAGUUUGUUGGAGCCAUGGUUAAGAAAGAUAGACCCUGUGUGACAGUGGCUAUAUAACUAUAUGGUGGAGACCAAGACCAUCCUUUGCAUAUCUCCUGUCAGCUUCCACAAGGGGUGGAAAGGCUAUCAAAGGGUCACAUUCACCCCUAAAAUCCAUCCAUGAAUAUUAGAUGUCCAACAGGUGGAGUCAGUAUCCACAUUGAUAGCCCCCCCAACCUGGCACCACUUUACCUAUUGUGGAUCCACCUAAGAGCCUAAUGAUGGUCCACUGCAGGUGCUAGAGAGGAUAGGCGAGGAUUGUGGUGGAAGACAGUCUACUAGAAAGGACUUUGGAAGGCUUCCUUCUGGACCUGAGAGCCUCUCUAGGUGGUAAAAUGCAGACUCUGGUUCUGUUGGAACGUUCAGAGAACGGAGCCUAGGGGCCUUGGAAUAUUAGUCAGCAAAGUAAUUGUAUGAGAUCAGGGCAUUCAGGGUACCUAAUGUAGGUCAUGGUGCUUCAGUCAGAAUGAUUUCUAGGCACUUUGUGAGCAAAUUCGUGUUAGUCUAGAAAAAUGUCAGUCUCCUGAAAGGACAGACAGGAUACCAGUGUCCAUAAUCUUCGUAAGACUGCAGAUGCUUGGAGUGGAUGGAGUCAAGCAGGGUUUGCUACCCCGGUUACUCUAUGAGGGGUACAAAGAUGAGUGAGGAAACAGUACCUGUAAGAAAGAAUUUGAUGGCUGCCAGAGAGGACAGCCACCCAUUUCAAGUUUCCCAGCAGAAGCCAGAUUUCUCAAUCUACUAGCUUGAAGUGAAGAAGCAGCAAUGCUGUGGCAGACUUCAGGUCGCUUUCACCUUCUGUGGGUGAACCCUUGCAGAGAGUUGUGUUUGACAUGGUCCCUACAAACUGCAAGCUAAGCAUGUCAUGCUUGGUUUGUGAGGAGCAAGCUCCCUUCUUUGCCAACCAAGUCUUCUCCUAAUACCAAUUAAAAGGCAGGUGGAGCUGCAUAUCUUAGCCUCAUCCAGGAUGGUUAUUGCCAGUCACAGGGAGCAACUCCUUGGCCAUAUAUACACUUGAUGCUUACUGUCAUCUCUGACAAGGACAGCCAUCACACAGACUCACUGGCCAUCAAGGCUCUCAGUGACAGCCAGAACCAAAAAAGAUCCAGGCAGGAGUCAUAGCAAGAUUUCACUUCAUGCACACUAACUCCAAAAGUUCAUUCAGCCCUCACUCCCUAUUCAAGGCCUGUGGGAAAGCUUUCAAAAGCACAGUAAUUCUGUUGACACUCUACCAUAAUCAUUCCAAGUGCAUAUAUUUUAUCGCUAACCAGAUCUUGGGAUAGCACAGGUUAACUCAUAUUUAAAAUCAGGCUCAAAAUCACUUUUUUCCUUCUCUUUUCACUCUGUAUCCUAUUAGCCAACCAAAGGCACGCUCAUGGCUUCUAUGGUUGCCUUGGCUACUGGAUACCAGUACAGCUCACAAGGGGUGAUUAUGAAGUCCCCAGUCUACACUAGGGAGGCUGACAUUUUCAUAGCCAUGUGGCAUAUGAUAUCACAUGAGACCAAAGUCUCCACACUAUUUGAAGCCUCCACAAAUCCCAAUGGCCUGCACUUGUAUAGUUUGGGUGUUUGAUAGAUAAAGCACGUAUGAGAAGAAAAAACAAAAUAAAUCAACUUCAAAAAAAUUAAAGCCAGCACUGUGCUGUCAAUGUUUUUCUUGUUUUUUUUUCUUUUUCUUUCCAGUUCUAGCUUCAAAAAACAGAAGGUAAAUAAUGUCAGGUCAAUGAAUAUCAGAUAUAUUUUUUGACUGUACAUUAAAGUGACGUGUAAUCUUUUUACACCUGCAAGUCCAUCUUAUUUAUUCUUGUAAAUGUUCCUUGACAAUGUUUGUAAUAUGGCUGUGUUAAAAAAAUCUAUACAAUA